UGGACCGCAGCGCAGUGCCUGGAUCUGACACUCUUUGGCUUGCCUCGGAAUUCCUUGGGUUCCAGGUCUGUUCAGUCCUUCCCCAAGGUUCGCUCUAUCCUCUGUCCCCUAACUCUUGUCCAGCUCCCCAAGCUCCCGACGUCAGCGUUUGCAGAACGAAAUGGUCACAGCCAUGAAUAUCUCAGAUGAAAUAGAGCAGAUAUUACAGCCCUACAACUUCGAGAUGUUCCAGGACUUAAGGCCCUUUUUGGAGGAGUACUGGGCAAUCUCAUUUGCCAUAGCUCUGAUCUACCUGCUGCUCAUCUUUGUGGGGCAGAACUACAUGAAGGCACGGAAGGGCUUCAACCUUCAGGGAUCUCUCAUCCUUUGGUCCUUCUGCCUUGCAGUCUUCAGUAUCCUCGGGGCAGUGAGGACAUGGGUCUAUAUGGGGACCUUGCUACUUAGGGGGAGUCUAAAGCACACUGUGUGCUUCACCAACUUCAUCAACCAUCCCAUAAUCAAAUUCUGGUCCUGCCUCUUUGUUCUCAGCAAGAUCAUUGAACUUGGAGACACGGCCUUCAUCAUCCUGCGUAAGCGGCCACUCAUCUUUGUGCACUGGUACCACCACAGCACAGUGCUGGUGUAUACAAGCUUUGGAUACAGGUACAAGGUGGCUGCAGGGGGCUGGUUCAUGACCAUGAACUAUGGUGUACAUGCCAUCAUGUACACCUACUACACUCUGAAGGCUGCCAAAGUGAAGCCCCCUAGGUGGUUUCCCAUGUUCGUCACCAGCCUGCAGGUCCUGCAGAUGUUUAUGGGAGCCAUUAUCGGUAUUCUGACUUUCAUCUGGAGACAGGAGCAGGGAUGCCACACCACAGCGGAAGAGCUCUUCUGGUCCUUCAUCUUGUAUAUGACCUAUUUCCUCCUCUUUGCCCAGUACUUCCACAAAACCUACAUAAUUCCCAGGAUCAAAGCCAAGACCAAAAGCCAGUGAAGGGUUGAAGAAAAAGGAGCCCCAAAGUCUUUUCUCCCCAGGCAUUGAGGUGCUGAGCUUACGUUUGGGAGAAUGAUUAGGAUUCCUUUCCUCCAUGGUUUCCCCAUGAGAUUUGCGCCCCUUGGUGGCAGGAAGUUAUGACAGGCAAGAAGUGUCACCCCCGGGAUGGAGAUGUGAUCUAGUACUCUGAUGUUUCUGUUUUUAAUGUGAAGGCCAAGCAGGCCCUAGCAUGGGGGUUGGACGGAGGAGACUCCCCAGAGUUGAGUUAUUUGUAUUUCCAGAAAUCUUUCUUCUUGCUCUGUUUUGGCAAUUAAAGAUUUCAACAAG